UGUGUCCUAACUACAAAUUAUGGACAAAAAUCUAUUCUUCAUUUUGGCCUUCUGCCUUCUUCUCCAUGGAGCUAAUGCUCAACUCAAAAUCGGGUUUUACAACUCCUCGUGUCCUCAAGCUGAGUCGAUAAUCGAGCGAGUUGUCCGAUUAAGAUUCAGAAACGACCCUUCCGUUACACCGGCAUUGCUUCGAAUGCAUUUUCACGACUGCUUUGUCAGGGGCUGCGAUGCAUCGAUACUCGUAAACUCGACGAGGACAAAGUCCGCUGAAAAGGACGCCGGUCCAAACGAGACCGUCCGAAACUACGACCUCAUCGACGCCGCCAAAGCGCAGCUCGAGGCGGUGUGUCCCGCCACCGUCUCCUGCGCCGACAUAAUCACAUUAGCCACGCGCGAUGCAGUGGCCCUAUCCGGUGGGCCCCACUACAAAGUCCCAACGGGCCGGCGUGACGGGCUCGUCUCCAACGUUGAAGACGUAAACCUGCCCAGCCCGGCCCUAACCGUCCCCGAGGCCUUCGCAUUUUUCGGGCCCAAAGGAUUCACACUUGUCGACAUGGUCGCCCUUUUCGGCGGCCACUCGGUCGGAGUAUCGCAUUGUGCGUUUUUCCAGGACCGGAUCUCGGAUUUUCAGGGCACGGGUCGACCCGACCCGACGAUGGACCCAAGGCUGGCGGAGACGCUCCUGAAGAGGUGCGGGACGCAAUCCAGGCCGUUGAAUAGAGAUCCGACCGUGUUCCUCGACCAGGGUACGGGAUCGGUUUUCGACAAUCAGUUCUACGGUCAGAUUCGAUCGAGGAGAGCGAUCUUGAAGAUCGAUCAAGAACUCGCCCUGGAUCCAUCGACGGCUCGGAUUGUUUCGAUUUUCGCCUCGAAUCGGACUGCGUUUAAUCAGAUUUUCGAGAGGGCUAUGAUCAAGAUGAGCAAAAUCCAGGUUCUUGUUGGAAAUGCUGGGGAGAUAAGGAAGAAAUGCAGUGUGUUUAAUCCUCGUCCGAAGGGAAAACGAGGUUGAUGAUGAUCAUGACAUUAAGGUUUUAUUGAUUCGAUUAAUUUCAUUCUUUUAAGGUUUGGGGAUUUUAAGGUUUGGAUUGUGGGACAGUCAUUUGUUUGAUCUUGUAUUGCUCGUUAUGUUCGGAACUUUGGGAGCGCGUGUAAGACCAACGGCAAUAAUAUCUCGACCGCCACAUCAGAAUUUAAAAAAUAAAAAAUAAAAAGGUGAUUUUUCC